GGGCCCAGACAUCGCUGCUCGGGUGAAGAGGAUCAUUUGUCUGGCUCUUGCUUGUGAGGGAACUGUUUCUGUACUUUCAAAUAACGUACUCUUUAAGUGAUCUUGCAGGAGCACCGAUCGUUUCAUGCAGUCGUUGGUGAUCGUGAAUGGUGGAAAUUGUUUCAUAACUCCAAACAUUGGUGUCAAUCUAAUUAGCCCACGGUCGCCGACGUAGCAGCAGUGCGUGGGAAGCUCAUUAAUUAAUUAGAUUUGGCAUUGCGUCCCGGCAACAAUUAUGUAAGCGUGCCCAGCCAGCAUGUGACCGCGAUCCGCGCACCCCACCCGGAUUCGAUUUAGCAACGAAAGCAGAAGGAAACGUACAACGACUGCGUGUGUGCGCGUGUGUGCCCUACGAUGCUUCCGAGGAUUUGUGUGAAAUUCAAGCUCAAGUAUGUCCUGGCCACUGUCGGCAGUCUGUAUAUGCUGUACUUCUUCGGUGCCUUCACACACUUCUUCGAAAAGGACUUCGAGGCAACGUUCGACUACCCGCUGAACGGUGACAUCCUGUCGGAUGUGUAUCAAUUGCGCCAUGGUCAGCAACCAGCCCGACACCCGAUCAAUCGCUACAACUACACCUACAUCACGGACUGUGAGCACAAGUGCAAGGAGGACGACCGGCUGAUGGCUCCGCGGCUCGUAUUUAUCGUAAAGUCCGCCAUCGAGCACUUUGAUCGCCGGGUGGCCAUACGCAAGACAUGGGGCUACGAGCGGCGAUUCUCGGAUGUGAAGAUAAGGACCGUGUUUGUGCUGGGUCGACCGCGGAUCGAGCCGAACCGGCGUCUACAGUCGCUGGUCGAUCUCGAGUACAGCACGUACCGAGACAUCAUUCAGGCCGAUUUCGUCGACGAGUACUUCAACAAUACGAUCAAAACGAUGAUGGGCUUUCGGUGGGCGGUCACCUACUGUCCGAGGGCAAAGUUUUACAUGUUUGCUGACGACGACUUCUACGUGUCGGCUAAAAAUCUUCUAAGGUACGUUCGGAACCCGGUUAACUAUCCUGAGUAUCUGGAGGAGACCGACGAAGCACUGCGAAAGCUGGCGCGACGGUUAGCUCACACGACGGACAACAGCAGCGCAAACGUGGAAGCAGAGCACCGGCCAAAAGAUCGCACCAAGAGGCAGCUCAUGGCGGAGAUGGAGCUGCCACCCAACGUGAAGCUGUUCUCGGGGUUCGUGUUCCGUUCGGCACCGCACCGCCACCGGAGCAGCAAGUGGUACGUUUCGCUUGACGAGUACCCGUGGGAUAUGUGGCCAACGUACGUAACGGCCGGUGCAUUUUUACUCUCUCACGAAGCCCUCUUCGAGAUGUACUACGUCAGCAUGUACACGAAACAUUUUCGGUUCGAUGAUAUCUUUCUAGGAAUUGUUGCCAUGAAGGCGGGAAUUGAGCCGCUCCAUUCGGAGGAAUUCUACUUCCAUAAGGCUCCAUAUCUGGGGCCACAGAGCUACAAGUACGUGCUGGCAACGCACGGCUACGACGACUUGACUGAGUUGACCAAAGUGUGGAACGAGGUGCGAGCUGCCGGAUACGCGUAGAAACAACCGACAUCGAACGUAAUUGUGCCCCGAGCGUUGGAUUUGAAG